GGAGUUGUAUAGGAAGUGACUCAGUGUCCAAAGCAGUGGACAUGGGCACAGUCCUCGUUCUUUUAAUUCUUGUUGAUGUGCCUCUUUUAAACUUCAUGUUCACCAAACAAGUAAAGUAUCUUCCUUGUGAUAAUUUCGGUUCAGAUUAAUAUUCCCUUUACUGGGAUGAACAUACACAGCUUUCUUUCCUUUUUACUGUUGCUAGACAACUCAGUCGCAAGCAACUUAUUAUUUGGAUGAAAUGUUCAUUGCAUGUCAGAAGGUCAUGGGGAAAGUAAACAAACGAUAGCCUCACAAUUUCUAUCUAGAUUCUCUCCUCACCAUCUUCUUCUUCUUCUUCAAAUUCCUCGAAUUAGCCAGUUUUAGUUGGCACCAAAAAUACUGAAGGGGUGACGAUGGAAGUGACCAACAGAUACAUAACAAUUAAGACUCACAUAGAAGGCGCACCAGAAGAGGCCAAUUUUGAGCUCAGGGCUGAAGCCAUAUCUCUGUUGAUUGAGCCUAACUCAAAUGAUGUUAUUGUGAAAAACAUAUUCCUCUCGAUCGAUCCUUACCAGUUAAACCGCAUGAAAAGUCACUGCCACUCACAGAAAACUGUAAGAGACGCAGCAUCCAUUACUCCUGGGCAGGCCAUUAGUGCUCAUGGUGUGGGGAGAGUGGUGGCCUCUGGGAACCCUGAUUUUGAAGAGGGUGAUUUGGUGGUGGGACUUUUCAGCUGGGGAGAAUUCAGUAUUAUAAGAGGAAGUGGAAUUGUGAGAAAGUUGGAUCCUCUGGGAUUUCCACCGUCUUACCAUGUUGGGGUCCUAGGGUCCAGUGGGCUGACAGCCUAUGCUGGGUUCUUCCAAGUGUGUAAGCCUAAGAAGGGGGAGAAGGUUUUUGUAUCUGCUGCUUCAGGGUCUGUUGGGAACUUGGUUGGGCAAUUUGCCAAGUUAUUCGGAUGUUACGUCGUCGGCUGUGCCGGGACCAAGCAAAAGGUAAAGUUGCUUAAAGAGAAGCUUGGUUUUGAUGAUGCAUUCAAUUACAAAGAAGAAAAUGAUCUGAAAUCGACUCUCAAAAGGUAUUUCCCAGAUGGGAUAGAUGUGUAUUUCGACAAUGUGGGUGCUGAGAUGCUCGAAGCAGCCAUUGCCAACAUGAACAACUUCGGCAGGGUAGCUGCUUGCGGAGUAAUAUCCGAGUACACCGAUGCUGGAAGGCGAGCUGCACUGAACAUGGUAGAUGUUGUUUACAAGAGAAUCACAAUCCAAGGAUUCUUGUUCCUAGAUUACUCAGAUGUGUAUGCUGUUUUUCUGUCGACAGUCACCGACCAACUUCGUGCUGGCCAAAUUCAAGUGCUUGAAGACAUCUCUCUCGGAGUGGAGAGUAUCCCCUCUGCCUUUAUAGGACUGUUUCAUGGUGAAAAUAUUGGGAAGAAGAUUGUCCAAGUUUCCAAUGACUGAAUGGAAAAGAAAGUAGAGAAGGAAUGGAAAGGAAAACCAAUAUUUUGCUGCUUCUAUAAUCAUAUAAAUUAUUGAAGAAAUGUUUUGGGGAUCUGUUAUUGGUUGUACUAUAAUUUUUCUAUUGUGCUGCUUUUGGUUAUCUUGUGAGAGCCUAUCGGGUAGCAGUCAAUGAAAUAUGUUGGUAUUUAUUCUGCAGUAGAGACUUAUGGGAACAAUGUUUUGAGAUUCUGUUAUUGGUUAUGCUAUAAUUUUUUUUAUUGUCU